AUGCCUCCCGCGAAGUCUACCACCAAACCCACCUCCCGCCUUCCAGAAGACCCCUUCACCAACAUCACACAAACCCUCCCCCCCUUCAACUUCCUCAACCUCCCCCUCCUCCCCCGCCACACCUCCUUCGAAAUCAUCGCCGAACCUGAGUCCCAACCCUCCCCUCCGAAAACACCACCCUCACAACGGACCCCUCAAACUCCCCCUCGCUCAACUCCGGAUUUCAAAACUCCAGAGGCUUCCUCCCCCAAGACCCCUUCACCUUCCGCUCGCCGCACCCUCGCCUCGACGCCCUCGAAGCGAACUCCCUCCUCCACAGCUUCCAAGCGCUCCUUCGACACAGAAGGCGACCUCAAGAUGCGCAACGGGGCCUACACCUCACCAGACCGCCGGUACCUUCAGACUCUGCAAGCCGCCAACACCCUGCAGUCCCAGAUCCAGGCCGCCGUUCACGACAACUUCGAGUUCGAGCGCUCGCGCUUCGUCAAGGAUGUCCGGAUUGCGGUGCUGGAUAGUCUUGCGGACGAGGUCGCGGGGCGUGUUGACGCGGCGGUUGUUGCUGCUGUCGGAGAGCCUGAGGGGAGUGAACUGGAUGCUGUGGUCGCGGGUUUCAAGGAGAACAUUUUCACUAGGAUCCAGUUUGCGCAGUAA